AUGGGCAGAGAGGUGCGGUUUGUCGCCAACACCGGACGCAACGCACAGCGCUGCGCCGAAACUAUUUCGUUGGAUUUGCGCGGCGCGGUGCUUUCGGCGUGGACGCGCCCGCUGCCGGCCGUCCCCUCGGCCACGUCUUUCGCCAGCGUGCCCGGCGUCUCCAAGCACCACCUCCACCACACCACCACCGCCGCCUCCCCCACCACCACCUCCAGAGCUGCGAUCGCCUCCAGCGCUCUCAGCACGCCCACCUCCCGGCAGCACCGCCGGCACCACGACGACGACGUCGGACAUAUCUCUGCCAGAUCGAGACGGCAGUUUCCUCUGAUGCUGUGGGCUGACCGCCGUGGUGCGCGUGGCAGGUCGCUGUCCGAGGACGAGGAGGCGCUGGACGAGCUGGACGUGGACGUGGACGUGGACGUGGACGUGGACGUCGAGGAGGACCUGGACGAGGUGGACGACGAUGAGGCGGAGCUGUCGUGGCAGGAGCUGCCGGCGGGCGGGCGGCUCGCGUGCCGCGCCGCCAUGCUGCUGGUGCGCCAGGGCCAGCACGCGGACGCGCUCGACGACGACGAGGACCUGCUGUACGAGGUGGUGCAGCCGCUGCUCACGCCGCCGUCCAGCCCCGAGUCCGGCCGCGGCAACUCCUCCAGCAACUCCAGCUCCUCUUCCAGCGCCGGCAGCACCUCCAACGGACAGGUGGUGUUCCGCGCGUCAGCGUCAUCGGCGCACCACCAUCACCACCACCACCAUCACCUCCCACCCAGCGUGGCGCCAAACGCACCGCACAUCACCCACGUGCCCACGCGACAUCGGCACGACGUGUCGCCCGAUUCCAAGAGGCGGAUACACAAGUGCCAGUUCACCGGCUGCAAGAAGGUCUACACCAAGAGCUCGCACCUCAAGGCGCACCAGCGGACGCAUACAGGUGAGAAGCCGUACAAGUGCUCGUGGGAGGGCUGCGAGUGGAGGUUCGCGCGCUCGGACGAGCUGACACGCCACUACCGCAAGCACACGGGCGCCAAGCCGUUCAAGUGCCGCCACUGCGACCGCUGCUUCUCGCGCUCCGACCACCUGGCGCUGCACAUGAAGCGCCACGUCUAGGCCAGGGCCCGCCCCCGCACCGCCCCCAGCGCCUCCCAGUCACUGCCACCCCCGCAGCCGCCGCCGCCGUCGGCCGCGGCCGAGCCUCUGCGUCCUGCGUCCUCCCGGAGAAGAGGAAGACCGCCGCCGCCAUCCGGCGGGUCUCGGCGCCUCGCCACUCUUUUCCGGAAGUAUUUUGGAAGGAAGCUGUAGGACACAGAGGACACAGAAAAAGGAGAGAGAGAGUUGAAUUGUUAAAGAAUUAUAAAUAUAUAUAUAUAUGUAUAUGUAUACAGGGGCCAGUUCAUUUAGUGUUAAAAAUAUUAAACAGCAGUCUUUCCAAGUGCUCGACAGCAAGUGGACGGCUCGAAUUAUGCCAAAAAAUGGGUAAAAAAAAACUACGACUAACUGCGUAGUGAUUCGAGUGUAAAGUAAAGAAAAAGAAGUUAGCUGGAGAGUAAUUAUUUAAAAAGAAAACGGAAGAAAAAGUGAUACCCAAAAUAAGUAUUGUAACGUUGCCAAAUGUGAGAAGUGUUACCAGUCGUCGUGUGAGUUGCGUGAGACGUUUGUCGUGGCCAGUCAGCACUCUUGUGUGUGUGUGCGUACUGUGCGUUGCAACCCACGUCCGUUAGUGCGUAGUUCCGCGGUAGGCGUAGCGUCUGUAGAGCUCCACUGUGAGGAGCGCGGAAAAGGAGAUAGAAACGCUGGAAAACGAAAUUUUAAGACACUAUAAAAAAAUAAGGAGAGAGAGAGUAUGGUGACGAUUUUCUAAGCAGGAGAUAAAAUAAAAAAAAAAAAAAUCAGGGUUCCUACCAAGAGAGGCGCUACACGGGAAUAAUGCUCAAAAAAGCUUUACACGAGACGAAGCGUAUUUUUUGUCGUGUGACGGUAGAGUAGUGGAGCAGGUGCGUGGCGGUGUGUUUGUGGGCGAGGUGAGCCCCACUUUGUGACGUGGUGUGGUGUGUGAUGCAAUGUGAUGUGAAGUAAUGAGGUGUGAUACAAGGUAUGAAGAGAUGCAGUGUGGGGCGGACAUCCUUACGUAUUAGAUGCUCUGUUCAAGAUCAGGGUUUCGUCGCCAAUAAUUUCUAAGACAGUUUUUUCAUAAUCCAAGAUUUUCUAGGUGGUUUAACGAGAUGUUUAAAGAAUUUUUUUCUCUCCAAACAAAAAAAAAGCUUCUUCCAUGUCUACGAAUUUUUUUCCAAUCAUCUUCCCAUUUUUUCUUAAUAUUUACGAGUAAGAAAUUUUUUCGAUUAAAUGAAUUAUAUAGGAAUUGAGAAGAGAAAGCAAUUUCAGUAUUUUGAAAUAAGACUGGCUUCUGCGGUUGAGAGAGAAAAGACUUUUGUCAGCAAACAAUUGUAUUAUGGAUGUUAUUGCGCCAGUACUUUUGUAUUUCCAUAUCGGGCUCGAUAGCAGUGGUUCCUUGUUUGUGGAGCUUUCGAACCCGCAAAAGACCGUCAAAAAUUUCUUGACUGACGUGUGAUUGCAAGAAUUCGAAUGUUAUUUCUCUUAUAGUCUUUAAUUGUGCCUCACAAGAGUGGGCCUUGUAAUGUAACUGUAUUCUUUCUUGCAUUUAUUGGGCACGAGAUAUUUUUCAAAUGUUAGCAGAAAAUCAAAAUAUGUUCGUAGAAAUAGUUGUCAAAAGAUGUUAUGUCACCUUUGUUUUUCGUUGUACGUUAGACAUAGGUUUAAGAAACUAUUUUUCUUUUCUCCACAGUAUACAGCAUAAGUGUCCUUGACUGAUGUAUGCGUAACAACGACUUCCUCUCUCUGAAAUAGCCUUACAGACCGUUCGCUUCAGUCUAUUUUCACAUUCCUCUUUUGAAUCGGACUACAUUCUUUUAUGUCUUUCCGAGUCUUUGUUAAUACGGUCGAUGAAAAGAAAUUAUAAAAGUAAAAAAAAAGAAAGAAAUUUAAAAAAAGCAGUACAUGUGAGCUCGAGUGACUGUGACAACAAAUGAAUUUAUUGAAAGGGAAAGUAAACUAGAUUUUUUAGUAUUUGUAGUAUUUUGUACAGUAAAGGACUUCGCUGAAAACGCGAAAUCUGUCAUUAAAGAUAAAAUUAUGUACGAAGUAAUGUAUAUUUUGUGCGCAGAUUUAAGGCACAUGCAAUUGUGUUUUACAAUUUGUAAAAUUGUCAUACAAAUAGACGCUUUGAAUGUUACAAAAAAACGAGACAACACACAAACGAGUGAGUAAAUAACCAAAUUAAAAAAAAGAGAAAAAACGAGAGGCUAUUGUAAGUUUGUUUUUAAUAUAUAUUAAUAAAUAUUAUUAUUAUUAUUAUUAUGAUUAUUAUGAUUAGCGAGUCAGUUAAUCUUUUUGAGUGAUCAAAGUGAUUGUACAAAUAACGCGUCCUCUGCAGCAUUUAAAUAAGAAAGUGAAAAACCUCAUCUACAGUUCUUCCGGUGGAAAAACGCAUACGGGCGCUCAAAUGUUGCAAAUGGGCGUAAUAUCAGAGAAAAAAGUACAUCCUAUUAAUGUUUAAGCAAGAUAAAAUGAAUAAUUUGUCAUGUUGAAUUUUUUAAAAACUGCUUUUUGCCUAGAUAUUGACGUAUUUUUAAGAGAUAAUUUAAAUAGUUAUAAUUUCUAUAAAAUAUUAUCUGUUUUUCCCUUGUCGAGAGACUUAGCGUACUCCGAUGAAAGUGAGAAAAGAGUACCUCUUGUCAUUUUCUUAUCCACUUCCCUUUACUCCCCUCCCUGUAUUUCUUCCAGUCUUCCUCUUUAAUAUACCCGACAGCCCUCGACCACUUUCCCCGAAAAAAAAAGGAUUAAUGUUUCUCCAAGAAAUUUGUUUACAUUGUAUUUCACUAGUUUGUGUGAAUGCCGGCGGCGGCGCUGGCGGUCGCGCGGUUCUGCGCCUGCGCGUUGUAGAGCGGAAGCUGCCGACCGCCAGCGGCCUCGCCGAGCAUUACUCUUGCUUGUAUAUCUGCUCACUGCAAAUAAACGUACGUUCCUGUUCA